CCGGGGGCGGUAUUUGGGCAACUCCGCAUGGCUGAGUCGGGCCCCGGAUGAGGAAGUGCGGGAGGACCAUAGAGACGGAGAGGCGGUAGUGGCCGGAGCGCCCACGGGCUUUGGGCUUCGUAGGCUCAGGUAGAGUUGGCGGCGAUCGGGCUGCGUCUGCAGAGACCAAGCUGGAGGGGCAAGCGCAGGCCGCGGAGCAGGUCUCAGGAGGAGGCCCCUUCUUUGCUCAUGGAGGGAUCGGCUACAGUGACUGAAUUUUUGGAAAAGAAAGCCCCCUUUUCAAGGUGAAAGGAGUAUUGGGAACUUCUGAGGGCCUGAUCAUUAUUGGUGAACCAUUUGAUGUAAAACACUUGACUCCAUAAUCUACAUCUGCCCUAAUGCUGUCAUCUGGAGUAGAGACUCAGCCAGUUCCACGUGAUUCCUCCAUGUCUGCUGUGGUGCAGGAAUUAUACUCUGAACUCCCAGUAAGUGUCUCCAAAGAGCUUCAUGCUGACCCUGAGCCACGUGUGAAUCCAGAUGUAAAACCUGGUGCCUCAAGCUCUCUUGUAAGCCAGAGUAGAGCAUUAUCCUUGGAGCUACAUCGGACCCAUGCACAAGGUUGUGAAGAAACCUCUGAGACCUUGGAUAAUAAGGUUGAGCCUGUGUUGUGUGGACUAGUGGACCUCACUGCAGGAGGUUGUAUGGCUUCUGAGAUCUUGGAUAGGGAAGAGAAAACCAAGAGCAUGGAGCUAACUGUCUUCAGAGAUCAACGGGAACAGGCAGAAGUAAACAGAGACCCUGGUGAGGGAGCAAAGAAAGACCCACAUCAACAUUCCACAGCUGUUGAAGAAAAGAUCAGUCCAAGCCAGGGGGACCUCCUAAUGAAGUCAAGCAAAGAACUUUUAUGUGUGGGCUUCCCUGAAGAUUUUCUAAGGAACAAAGAAGGAAAUGUACAGUUUACAACUCAAAUUCUACCAAAAUUCCCUGAAGAUGUUCAAGGUAUGAAGGUCAAUGGAACUAAAAUGGAUAAUAAUAAUGAAGGACACAAGAAUGGCAAUGUGAGUAAAGAUCUCUUAGCUGCGUCCAGCAAAUACUCAGCAGUAGAAGAAAUCACAAACAGUGGCAAGAUUUCAGAAACCAGAACAUUAGUUUCAGUAGAGCCUUUAACUUCUGUGGAUCCUGAAUUAAUAGAAGCAACUCCUAAAGAAAAAGAAUGUGGAGAAUUACAAACUUGUACUUCUGGGUUGUCAUUAUUACCAGAGAACAGUGCCAUUCCUGAAAUGGACAACAGGAAAGAACAGUUGUGGAAAUUAAACCUGGCCUGUGCAGCAGAUGACAAUCACCAACACAUUCUUGGCCACUAUAAUGAAAAACACAGUUCUAUAUUUGACAGUUCCAUAGCCACAGGAAAUGUACAUGCCAUAAAACCCUUGAAAGAAAAUUCUGAAGUUUUAUGUCUCAUACAAAGUUUAUCUGGUCCAGAAUGCAGAAUAACAUCCUUAGGAAAGUGUGGUUUUGAAAGUAACUUGCAGAAAAGAUCUGAUGAAAUGACAGAUAAUUCUUGUUCUAAUAAGGAUGAUCCAAGCAAGAACUUGGCUUCUAGAGAAGAAAAUGAAGAACAGUCUUUGAAUCUCAGGAGUGAAAGAAGAGAACUCUUUAUAAAUGCCAAACAACUAGAAAAGGGUUCCAGUGGUUAUCGUUUUGGUGAAAAAGAAACUGUUGAUUCCCCAAAAGGAAAUGUUCAUCAUAAGUAUUGCAUUCAAGGCAAUAACCAUACAGAGAGCUCUAGUUCUUUAAUGUCUAGUUCUUUAACUGAAGCUGUGGGAAUAAUACUUAACAAAGAUGAUUUGAAAAUCACUUUAGACAUUCAAAGUAAGUUUACAGACUGUGAGGGCCAUAAGGAAACUGUUACUAAUAUGAGCCAUCUAGGCAGACACUCUGAAGAAAGCAGUUUUUCCUCCUUGGUGCAGAUUGAAAAGCCAGAACAGACAAAUACUUUGGAGCCCAGUACAUUAAAUGAAAAGAUUUACAAUAAGGACUCUAACUCCUUAGUCAGCUUCCAGAAAAACCUGGAAAGUGAUACUCAGUUAAAAGAAACAUCAUGUAAUGAUUUUCUGUCUGAAAGAAAAUUCCUUGUUAGUUUAAUGCCAGAAGAUCAGAUAAGUUUUGUGUCUAAAGAGGUAUCAAAAGCUGAAAAAGAUACUACUCAGUUACCACCAUCUCCAGAACUGGAUUAUAGAUCUGAAUCAGAAGAAGCUGUAGAGACCUCACAUGGUAAUAUUCCAUGUUUAAAUGAACAGAAAAUUUCCCAUGAGAUGAGUGAACUUUCUUAUACCAGUGAACUGAUUGUAAGCAAAGUAGAAUGUGAAUGUGUUUUAAAUCAAGUGUCCCUUAAUUCUCAAGAUCACGUGAAGUUGCCAACUGAUUCCUUUCUGCAUAUAAACAGAACAACAAGCAAAAAUGCCCAACAGAGCCAUCAUCCUCCAUUGGAAAAUGGAGCAGAUGUCAUUGCUGAUAACCAAAUCCUUUCUACUGAGACAAAAGUAAAAGACAUCCCUGCACUAGGUGACAUAAAAGACAUCGCUCCACUAGGUAGUGCCUCUUCAAACAGUUCUACUUUCAACACCACACCAGGAAGCCUAGAAAGAAAAAGAGAAAUGGCUGAUUCAGGAACAGAUCUACAUUCCAGUUUCCUCUCAAGUGGAAAAGAAGCAGCUGGCUUUCCUCCAGAAGUCUCAGUCACAGAAUGUCAAAGUGUUCAAUCUCAGGAUACCUCCAGCUGUCACUGUGUAAGAAAAAAUGCACCAAAAGAUAACUCAUAUUCUGCUUGUGUUGCUUUUGAGCCCAACAAAAUCAUCAUGAAAGUCAGUGACUCUUCAGGAAUAAAAUGUGAAAAUGCAUUUCAGCAUAGUGAUCACCACUCCCAAGAAACGGAAGGGUUCAUGAAAAUUAGUUGUAUAUCACAAGAGAGUACACUUGAUGGGAGAAAAACUGAAGGCAGCUUUACAGAAGAUAAAAUCAGAAAUGAAAUGACAGCUGAUAUCUCAGAUAGUGGGGCUUCAAAUACUCACCUCACUGGUCACACCAAAGCCAAUGAGGAAGGGCUAAAUAGAAAGGAACUAUAUAUACCCAAAGAGACUGUGUUUUGUAAAUGUAACAUCUCUGAUUCUUCUACACAAAAACUAAACCAAUUUGCAAACAUUCCAAGUUCUGAAACAUUGUCUCCUACUUUUAUGUUCUCCAGUUUUAAAAACAUGAACCAAGCAAUUGAAAAUCUUGAUCAGAAGGUAGAAAUUGUCCUUGACUACCAGAGUAACCAAAGUAGACCAGAUCAAUAUAAAUGUUACGAUAAACUAGCAAAGGAGACACAAGAUAGUGACCAGAGACAGACAGUCACAAACCACAAAAGAGAGGUAAGCCGCAGUGAAAAGGACCAAGGAGUUCAUUCAGGCAGUAAUAACAUAGGGUCUUGUGGUAGUCCAAAGAAAGUUGAUUCCAAAGGAGCUGUUGGAGAUAUUUCUGGUUCUGAAGAGUUCAUAGAUAAAAAAAUCAUUGUCUGUGCAGACCAUAGUAUAAAGCCUACAGAAGGUGUGCUGGGCAUAAAAGUAUCUAAUACAUGCGAUUGUGGUGUGUGGCAAGAUAAACUGCCAGUACACAAAACCUUAAGGAGUACCUCAACUCAGAGCGAUGAGCUAAAUGCUGGAUUUAUAGGAAAAACCAACCAGGACUCAGAUCUCUCAAAUGCUGCUAAUUCUACAAUGCAAUCUCUUGAAACAAAAAAAUCAAGUGAAGAAAAAGUAUACAAGUCUUUAAAAGCUUGUGAAAUGGGAAACUGUCUCCACUCUUGUGCCCUUGAGAUGGAGUCUGUUGCAGAUCAUGAACCAAAUACAAGAAUAAUGAAUAAAGUAAAUGUGUCUUUAAAUUAUGUUCAUCAUGAACAUGAAAGUAAAGCCACAUCUCUGAGAGGAACACAAGGAAUGACUGAAGUAUCAAAACCUGAAGAGAUAAAUUCUGAGUUUGGCAAGGAACAAACCUUUGGAAUAUUCUCAGAAGACUCAGUGUCUUCUAGAUGCCAAGGUGAGAACCCUGUUCCCUCAGGGAUACUCAAAUCCUUUGCAAUAAUGCCUUUGUGUCUGUUUUCUCAAGAAAAUUCAGAAACUGCUAUCAGUAGUGAAGAAACCUACCUGAAGACUCUCGCUAACCCAAAGGGUGGUGAAAUGCUUUGUGAAAAUGUAAAGGACUACACAGUCCUGCCUAAGAUGAAGGUAGAAGUACCAAGAGAUACGAAUAAUCCUAGUGAAGGAUACAUCAGUGUGAAGAACAUUGGCAAAGCUUGUCACCCUCAUGAGAAUUCCACUGAUAGACAUUUGCCUUUGAUAAUGGAAACAGCAACUAAAGUGAGUGGAGAAGAAACUAAAGGACAGCAGAGUGGGUGCAUAGGUCAUUUAACUGCUGAAGAACAACCUAAGAUGAUUGCCAGAAAAGGAAGGAAGAGUUGUCAUUUGAGCAAGACUUCUCAGACCCUCUUGAAAUGCCAGAGGAUGCAUGAUGAUCCUAAAAAACGACAAAGCCAGAACAUUUUGAACUGUGUAUUGCUGAAGGAAGAGGAACAUGUGUGUCAAAAAGGAGCACAGAUGAUAUUGGAACAACAGAUACUAUCGAAUGUGUUGUCAGAUGAAGUGCAAACUAAGUUACAAACAAAGGCUGAUAUAUAUGAAUCCACCAUGAUGAAAGAAAUCACCCUAGCAAAACGAACCAAGGGCAACAUUGCUGAACCAUUUCAGAGAAUGAAAGACCCAAAGGAGGAAAGCUUUUGUCAUUCAUUAAAGGAGGACAUUGAGUUGUGCACAUUUUGUUGCCUUCCUCAGAAAGCACAAGACCCCAACUCUGCUGGGUGCGAUCCAGUACAUGGUGCCUUUGUGAAUACUUGCCGUCAGAAAGAAAUGCCUCCCUUAAAGAAGCAGCCCCAUCGAACAUGUAAAAGAGUUUCCUGUCAGGGGCCAGUCAGCAUGCAGAGAAAAUUAAAUAAAAGUAGAAGUUCUGCCUUUGGAAACAGUUCCUCUGAUCCCAUCCCCACAAAAGUACACAGACUUCUCAGCUCACGUGCUACAUCUCUGCCCACGCCAUUGGAACCCAAAACAGUACCUUCCAGGAGCUUGCUUAGCCACAUACCAAAGCAGAGGACUACGUGCCAUCUUUUGAGGAGGCUGAAUUUUAGGAAGUCUACCAAAGAAUCAGCCUUAUUAAACAAGCUAUCUAUUCUUGCCUCCAAACUAGUUCCUGCCACAAAAACACAGAAACUCAGAUAUCAGCAGUGUUCCUCUGCACUUCUUCCAGUGGCCAAAAGCUACAAGCGCCUUAGAUAUAAAAGGCUCCUGGAUGGAUUUUCAUAUAAUGCAAUGCAGCUGGAUCCAUAUUUGGCAGCUAGUGGAUGGAAUAAGAGGCCUCACAGUAAUCCCGUGGCACUUUAUUCUCUUGAAGCCAUCAAAAUGAGCUUCAUAGAUUUGAACAACAAGAUGCCAUCACUGCUUUUUGGUUCUGAAAUCUUCCCAGUUUCCUUUCAUGUGAAAUUAGCCUCUGAUUGCAUGACUGAGUUCUCAAAGACUUUUCCUGAGCACUGUGCUCCAGCAAGGCUUGCCUUAGAAGAGGCCUCCCAGUGCCCAUCUCAACCACCCAAGUGGACUUUUUCUUUCUUUUUGUCCCAUGGUUGCCCUGGGAUGGCCACAUUCAGGGAAGACACUGGCCUCCAUAGUCAGACACACACUCAGGCUCCUCAACAGACUCCAGUUCCUCUCCCAGACUGUGGAGACACAUCCAUAGUCCCGACCAGAGCAAACUGCUCUGUCCUUGGCCUUCAUACUCUUCUAGCACUUUGUUCCCCCGGAUGUUACCGAAUCUGGACAAAGAAACGGAGCUUCUCCAGUCACAUGCCAACCAUGCAGAGGUUGUUCAUGGCCCAGUUUACACAGGGCUUAAAAGGGUUAAGGUCUCCAGCUUCCAUAGCAAACAAGAUCUUCGGUUCUCUGCCCUACUCAGUGGGCAGAGUGCUGUCUCUUUGGAGCCAGCAUGGGCCUUCCUCCUGCUUCGAAAUCUCUGCUCUUCAUUCCAUUCACAACAAGCAACAGCCAAGUCUGGGCACCACAAGCAGCCACACCAUAUUACCGUAUGUGCCUCUUCCGGCCUUGGAAGCUACAUCCAGAACUGGUGGCAGUCAGAUGAGACUGGAGCCUCCAUUCCCUACCUUGGUACCAAAGUCUUGUUUGGUAACAGACCCAGCUGUCAGCAAGCUUCUGUGUUCAGCCUCUGAGUUCCAAGUUCCUGGGUUUGAUGAACUGGAUGGUGUGACAGCAGUAUGCCCCCGACCGCAGAGCAGCCCUCCAGAACAGAAAGAGGCUGAGCCAGAGAAGAGGCCAAAGAAAGUCUCACAGAUUCGCAUCCGGAAAACCAUUCCUAAACCAGAUCCUAAUCUUACUCCAAUGGGCCUUCCUCGCCCCAAAAGAGAGCAUGAAGAAUUUAUGUCUCUUUUCAGGUUAAAGAAGAAGGAAUUUAGUUUAGAAGAAAUAUAUACCAACAAAAAUUAUAAAUCUCCUCCUGCAAAUAGGUGUUUAGAGACCAUCUUUGAGGAACCCAAGGAACGAAAUGGUACGCUAAUCUCAAUCAGCCAACAGAAAAGGAAACGAGUUCUAGAAUUUCAGGAUUUUACAGUUCCGCGAAAGAGGAGAGCUCGGGGUAAAAUCAAGUUGGGUGGCAGCUUUACCAGGGCACAGAAGGCAGCUCUGCAGAGUCGAGAACUGGAUGCUCUUUUGAUACAGAAACUGAUGGAACUGGAGACCUUCUUUGCCAAGGAAGAAGAACAGGAACAGUCAUCAGGCUGCUGAGAAGCAAUGUGCUUGGAGGUCUUGGUCUUGGAUCUUUCCAGACCUCCCUGAAAGAGGUUGCCUAAUUGUGCCCUAUGUCCAAACUACUCAAGAUGCCCAGUCCAAGAAUUUUUGCCUAUUUCAAGGUGCAGCCUUUUUAGGAACUGGUAAUGGAGGGUCCUGUGUUUCUACUGCUGAGUAUAGAACCUCAGGAAUGCUCUCUUUCUCCUGGAAAUGGUCCCAGAUGACAACUAGCCACCUCUUCCCUAUCUCUGCCAGCCACAGGAGGAAGAAGCCACAUAUCUUACGCAACACUAAAAUUCCAGUGACUUGGAGCAUUUGCACGUCCACAUGAAAGUUCUGUUGUUUUACGGUGGUGCUAGACCAAGAUGACUUAGAAACAUGGUCCAGGGAAGGGGACCUGGCUUCCUGUCUUUUGUGGACUAACCAGCUCAUUUCAGUAGUGGGAGAAGAUGAGCUGUUGUAUUUUCUAAUUCUUUGAGUCUGUCUGCCCAGAACUUGUUAAUGUGAGUGAGUGUGUGUAUGUGGCUUUUCCCCAUUGUUUUCUCCCCUCUCUGACUAUGGGUCACUAGUGCCAGAGGAGCCUGUCCAGGCCCCAAUCAAAGUAAGUUGCACUUUCUAAUGUUGUGAUGUUGAUUAUUUUCAUUGUAUUUCAUUUCAUGUGUGUGUGUAAGUGUAUGUGAGUGAAUGAUUGUGACUGCUGCAUGUUUGGGGCCUUUAAAUGUGAUUUUAAAACAAUUUUUUAAGAAAUUAAGGAAAAAGACAAUACAUGUCUUAAGAGAAAACGUGCUAGGCAUUCAACCCAGUUGACUGAUGCAUGGAAGACGUAUUUCCCAUUCAUGUGUUUCAAGCAAUCACUCGCCAUCUCUAACUUCUAGUGUAGUUGAUUAGAGGGAGCACUUUUUUAAAAUCUGGGUUCUUUUUUCUGCCUAUUAAGUACACAUUUAUUAAGUACAUAUUUAUUUUAAUGACAUAACUAAGAACAAAUUUCUCUCACAGUCACUUAAAAAAUGCUAAGGUUGAGUGUGGUUUUAUCUGAAAUGUUAGUAUGUGGCAAAAUUGAGUAUACUGGCUCAGAUAGCGACAGAGGCCAACCUAGAGGGUCAUCAGCUAUUCAAAUAGUUUACUCCAGCAGAGGGGAGAAAGUCAGGGUAGCAGUGCAGACCCACUGAUGCAUCUUCGGAGUGGGUUCCCAAAAGUCCACAGCCAGCCCUCUCUUGAGGGUACUUCAUAUACUCUGGUUCUGUGUCAAACCUACUGGAAGUAUUGUUGAAUGCCAGAAAUGGCUGGUUUUCUGGGUUUGUGCCUGCAGGAGUCUGUGGGCAGCAGGAUGCUAUGUAGGCAGCAGGCCCAGAGGUCUUGUUUCUUUCCCACUAAAUCCCUGUGUGCCCUCACUCCCUUGCUUGUCCUCUCCUCCCAUUGUAGUUUCUUUUUUUCUUCUUCCUCUCUUUUAAAGUAAGAGUUCAGAGUUAACAUUCCUUGGCUGGUGAGUAGGAUGCCUGAGUCAGCCAUAGGACACUGGUCACCUCUUCCCAUCCUCCUAGGGACCACCACCAUAAAACAGCCAAUGAUGAAACUGUCAAAGCUCCAGGGACAAUUUCCAGUCUGUUAAGAAGAGUAAGUAAUGGGGCUGGGGAUUUAGCUCAGCAGCAUAAGCGCCUGCCUUGCAAGCAGGCAGUCGUGAGUUCGAUCCCUGGUACCGAUAAAAACGAAAAAGACCAAAAAAAAAAAAAAAGAGUAAGUAAUACCACUGUGGAACAUUGGCUCACUCUUCUAGGAUUCUUUGGCUCUCUCGUGUUGGUGGGGAGAUGGGGUAUGGGAUAAGGGUCACUAUGUGCCUUUCCUUUACAGGUUGAUAGUCUGUACCACGCUGGAGCAGAAAAACUGACAUAAACAGGAAAAAAGUGCCAUGUUUGUCUUCCAGAUUUGCCACCUCAGACAUAGGAUUUAAAUAAAUGAAAUACGCACUUGGUCAGCCAUAGUAGCCUCUGAGGCCGUAGCCUCAUUGGGGUAGGAGAGCACUGGGUUUCCUUACUGGCUCUGCUUGAUACUGCCAGAUUCUGCUGUUCUGUGUACAUUUUGCUCAGACUAUGUGGAUGCAACAUGUUUCACCUCAGUAUCUCUCCCUUCCUGGGACAGUGUUCUUAGACAGUUAGUACUUCUCUGUCAUUUUGCUGAAGGAAAUCAAAUGGAUAACAGAUCAUACCCUUGAACAAACACGUUUAGAGAGCUCCUGACAAAAUCCUGUUUGCCUGCUCCAUUGCCACUGUAGCCGAGGCAGCACUGUAGCAGCCAGGUCACCCAGCAGAGGAAAGUUGAGGUGGGCACAGCAGUGAUAUCACCAACACAAUAGAUGUACAUUUUCAAGCUCAGCCAUUAUAGGUUCUUGAAAGGACUGGAGCAUUGAUUGGGAAAAUUGGUAUCUAGGAGUGAAGGACUUGAGUAACAGACCUGGCUUCUUCCUCAUCCUAGGAAUGUAGUGGGAAACUGCUCCAAGGUCACCUUUUCAUGUCCUUGAAAUUCUUGUCUUACCCUCUGGUGAGAGCCUUUAUGCUCCAGAGAUGAGAUGGGAGCUUCAUUGCAAAACUGCAGUUACUUAGGUGUAGUUGGUACAUCGGGUCUAGCUGCCUUCAGCCACAGCUGUCCUCACACCCAGUUUUGUCACUGACCUAGCCAGUCUCAAGGUUGUCAGUGGUCCUCAGAACCUGUGGCCCCUCCCCACCACAUUCCCAGGGCUUUAGGACAAGUGUUUUGUGGUGGGAGUUGGUAUCAUUUCUGAGAUGCUCAUCCCACGUGGUGGAACAUUUCCUUUCACUGCAACUAACUCAACCAUAACUCACCUCCAGAAGUUUAGUGUUCUAUUAGAGUGUAUGGGAAAAGAGGCAAGAUCUCAGGUCCAAUCAGAGUUCUGCCCAUCUCUUCCACCUUUCAGUUUCUAGCUAUAGUGGCCUCCUUCCGUCAUAUCCUUUCCUCCUCUUUCUUUCUCUUUCUCUUAGUCUUCUUUCCAGCUUCCUUUCUUUCUUAGUUUGAAGGUACCUCAUCACCUGUUAAAACAUUGUGUUCACCUUACCAAACUACAGCAGAGAGGUGCGAUGGAAAGAAAGACAUGUAGCAUUUGCCUUACUCAGAGCCUGAAAAGCUCGGAAACUCAUGCUGUGAAUCCCAAAACUCAGUGUUUCUCCAAGAGCUGUGAAAAAUCAUGAUACUUUGUCACAAAUUUGCCUGAAGUGUCUUUUGUGUGGGCACUAGAGCCAACCCAUGGUCAGUGUCAGAUCCCACUUGGGGUAUACUUGGCCAUGGCUCGUCCCCUGCCCACCAGGCUAAGUGGAGCAGCAGCAAAUGUGUAGGACUGUGGUAGCAGUGCAACCAGUGGGUGCAGAGCCAUCACUUCAACUCCAGGCUGGGAUUCCAUCUCAUCUGUACCAUGUACAUUAUGAUCCACAAAAGACCAACUUUGAGGCAGUGAUACUUUUUGCCCAGUACAUGAGGAGGAGAGAAGUAUGCAGUUGGUGCUUUCUUUAAUACCCUUGUUUUGUUUUGUUUUGUUUUGUUUUGUUUCUGUUAAGUUUUCCCUUGGAAAGGGCCUCUUAAACAUAUUGUGGUUGGCUGUAUCCAAAGUACAAAUAAUUGGCCCAAGGUACAGAGGGUCCUUGCUUUAAUUCAUGUAAGGAGAGGGCUCCUUGACUGAACUGAACUGUAUAAAGCUGGCUAAGGAGAGAGACUUAAUUUUGCAAAAUCAUAUUAAUGUUACCAUCUAAACACUUUCAGCAGCAAAAGCUAUCGAUUGUGAACUGAGGUGGUCACUGUGUAGCCCACCAUCCAACGUGGCACACCAAGAUUUGAUGCUUGUUAACUGUCUUUGUAAGCCCCUCAGUGGUGCUGAAUUGUAUUUGAAUUCUCAGUGAGAGACCUCCACAUCUCCUUGAACUGGGAUCUGGGCCAGUAAAUAGCUGCCUGAAGUGUUACUAUAUUAUCAGGAUCAGUAGUUCAGUGAAAUUUGUAUGUUUUUGGUAACAUUGGCAUACUCAGUGCCCCUGCAGUUCCUCUUUGUUUGGUAGUUUGUGAUUCUACGAUGCCCACUGUUAUGUGUGUUAAUUUAUGAAAAUAAAUCUUUUUGAAAACCUUU